AUGGACAUAUUCAGAAACAUCAACUCUUCUCCUCUGAACUCAUCUCUGCCCGAGACUGUAUAUGCCACCUGUGCAAAGAUACCAGCAGCCAUUAUCUUUUACCUGGUGUUGCAGUUUCUCAACAUGUUCCUGGGCAUCCCAGCCAACGUAAUGGUUCUGUGGCUCAUUCAGAAGAAGAGACGUGAUUCGUCCACAUCAGACAUCUUCAUCAUCCAUCUUGCUGUGCUAGACAUUUUCUUCUGUCUUAUUCCUCCUCUAGAAUUUGCAAGCAUUGUCUAUUUGACCACCAGCAGCAACUGGUAUGUCCUGCGUUUCUUCUAUGGUGUGAAAGAUUUUUCGCCUCUCUUCUUGUUAUGUAUCUGUUUAGAUAGAUAUAUGGCUGUGGUCCAUCCCAUUUUCUUCACCAAACUAAAGGACACAUGGCAGCGGUCUGUUUGCGCUGGUGUUACAUGGUUUGUGAUUUUGGUCUAUGCUGCAGCAAAGUGUGUAGGAACAAUUCCAAAGUUUGAGAAAGUCUUCACAGUCAUGAUCCUCGCCGUAUUCGUCUUCAUGGUUUUCUGUAACAUCUCGAUUCUUUGGGCCCUGAGACAGUCGGCUUCAGGACGAGACGAGAGACACCCUCUCAAGAAAAAGGCCUUCAAGAUUGUGGUCAUCAUUCUGGCGAUCAUUGUCUUUAACUUCUUCCCACCUGUGGCUCUCUUUCCAUUCGAGGAGUAUUUUUCUUCAAGCAUCUUCCGCUGCUACAUACACUAUAUCGCCUUUGGCUUCAUGGACUUCAGUAGUACCAUCCAGCCGAUUUUAUAUCUGUCCCAAGUGCUCGCGGCUCCGAGAGUGGCUCCAGCAGCAGCUCUGACGUGCUGCUAUAGCUGCAUGGAGAACGACACUGAACGUGCUAAUUUAGAUGGUUCUGAAAAUGUAUGAUGCUGAAAAACACAAGUGACAUCAGAUAAGCUGUUAUUAUUGAUAUUGAUUUACUUAGAUCAUUAGAGAAACAUAAUGUUAUUGACCCAGUGCAACACAAUCUCACAGCAAGUCGUGUUAUAGUCACAAAAUAUUUGAUUAAUUUAUUCAUGUUCAUGGACACGAUUUUCCGCUUGUUUCGUGCAAUUGAGCACGAAUAUCUUUUUCAUUUUAUGUAUUGUUUACCUCAUUGUUUUUCCUAUUAUUAAAUCAUUGUCGCUUGGGGUUGGAGUUAUAUUUGGGGUUUGGGAUGUAAUGUCAGGGUGUGGUGGAGGAUGAAGGUAAGAUGAAGACUGAUGGUUAUAAAUAAAAAAAUGAUACUUUAAUAAUAAAACAUAAACUGGAACAUAUACAGGAACAUCACAGGAACUUGAGGUAGACAUAAACAACAGUAAAUAAACAAUGAUUGACAGGUUGAGGAAGACAAACGAGUAUAUAUAGGUGACUGAUUACAAUAGGUGUGCUGAUGAUGAUGGCGAUCAGGUGGGUGAGGAAGAGUGAGGGAUCAUGGGUAAUGAAGUCCAGAAGGUGAAUACAGGGGGAAAACAAGAGGGCACAGAGAAUAGGGUUGUGAUAGUAAUUUUAUGGUUUCUACAUGUUUUUCUUCCGAUUUUAAAACUAUUUUUGGUUGGAGUUGGGGUUUGGGUAAGGAUGUCUAAAAAUGUAACAGAAAGUGAUUCUAACCCCAACCCUAAGCGAC